AUGGGCUCCUCAAACUUUUCCAGUCGUAAAAAUUCUCUGGUUUAUAACGAAAACCCGGUAGUUCCCGAUGGCACAACACCGUGUGAUCGGUUGGGAGUGGAUUUGAUGAACGUUCUGGCGGACAAGGAUGAAAUAAAACAAGAAACGAAUCCAGUUUCUGACCGUGAAAUUGAGGCCACUGAGUCGGAUGCUUCUGCAGGUUCUUCAUUUGCUAGCGCUAAUGAAUUGCUUGGUGAACAGAGCACCAAAAACGAAACUAAUGUUGAGACUAGUAUCGAUGAUGGAAGCCUUACGUUAAAGCAACAAAGGGAGAUAGUUGCCCGACUGAUAGAAGCAAAUAGUAAAGCACAAAGAGAAGGUGAUAAAAUCUGCAUUGUUCCGAAGUCAUGGUACGAUAAAUUCCUAGAUUCCGAUGUUACCGACCCUCAAGAUAUAGGUCCCAUUAAUACACGCAUGAUUUGCAGGGAUUUUGAGAACUUUGUGCUUGAGGAUUACAAUACAUGUCCGUAUUUAUCUGUUUCUGAGCCUGUUUUCGAGUUUUUAGCUGGAAUUUACGGAAUGUCAAGCGGCUCUUAUCCGGUAGUUACUAAUUUGGUUAUGAAUCAGGUCACGGGGGAGCUAGAGACAGAAUACAAUAAGUGGUUUUUCAGAUUGCAUUACUUGACAGACAAGCAAGAUGUGAGGAAGAGGAGGCACAACGAAGAUGAUUCCGUCCUAUACUUUGCAAUGUCUGCACUGAAUUUAGUACACGACCUAGUUGAAAAAAGUAUGGAUUUAUUUUUUGAGAGAGCGGAUCAUCUGGACAUAAAUGCUGUAGAUUUCAAAAUUUGGUUUGUGUCGCAGGGAUCUGACGGUUCAGAAGAUAAUAACGCUAGUAACGUUUUGAAUGCUUCAUACGAAAUAACUCCUCUGCAGUUUCUGGAACUACCGAUCAAAAAACUGCUAGUACCAGAUGUGUUGGAAAAUCGCUUGGAUAAGAUAACUUCAAAUCCAAGUGACCUAGUUAUAGAAGUUAAACCCAUAAAAGGCAACUGCCAUUGGGCUUCAAAUUACUUUGCUUAUAACAAACUCGAGCCAGGUUCAGGAACUACUGGCUUAGUCAAUCUGGGAAAUACAUGUUAUAUGAAUUCUGCCCUGCAAUGUCUUGUACAUAUUCCACAGUUGCGUGAUUACUUCCUUUACAAUGGUUAUGAAAGUGAGAUCAACGAAGAAAAUCCUCUUGGGUAUCAUGGUUACGUGGCUAGGGCAUUCAGUGAUUUGGUUCAAAAGUUAUUUCAUAAUAAGCUGAGCUCAAUGCAAAGAAAUGCAGCCUUUCCUCCGUCGAUGUUCAAAUCUACCGUUGGCCACUUCAAUUCUAUGUUUUCCGGUUAUAUGCAACAGGAUUCUCAAGAAUUUUUAGCUUUUCUGUUGGACAGUCUGCAUGAAGAUUUGAACAGAAUCAUAAAAAAGGCAUACAUAGAAAAGCCAUCGUUAUCUCCUGAUGAUGAUGUGAAUGACUGGAAUGUAGUCAAGAAGCUUGCAGACGAUACCUGGGAGAUGCAUUUAAAAAGAAAUUGUUCGGUCAUAACAGAUUUAUUCGUCGGGUUGUAUAAAUCAACGCUAUACUGUCCCGAAUGUAAAAACGUUUCGAUAACAUUUGACCCUUAUAAUGACGUUACACUGCCACUUCCAGUAGAUACAGUAUGGAGUAAAACUGUAAAAAUCUUCCCCAUGAAUUCUCCGCCUCUUCUUCUCGAAGUUGAGUUAAGCAAAUCUUCCACUUAUAUGGACUUGAAAAACUAUGUCGGUAAAACAUCGGGGCUAGAUCCAAAUACAUUAUUUGGUUGUGAGAUUUUCAGUAACCAGAUCUAUCUUAAUUAUGAAGCAACGGAAUCCAAUGCUCAAUUUUUAACCUUGCAAGAAUUAAUCAAACCCGCUGAUGAUGUAAUUUUUUAUGAGUUACCUGUGACAGAUAACAACGAGAUAAUUGUUGCCGUAGUGAAUACUAGAAAAGAAAAAGGUUACAGAAAUGCGAUGUUAUUUGGAGUUCCCUUCUUUAUUACCCUAUCAAAGGAAGAAAGAAGUAACCCAGGAGCAGUAAGAAUGAAAUUGCAGAAACGAUUUGUUCAUUUAAGUGGUGGGUUUAUUCCAUUUCCGACUCCUGUGGGGGAUCAGGUUAAUCAUGUAUGCAGUUUUCCACUAUUGGCAGAAAAAUAUCCAAAUAUUAAACUUCAAGAAUAUAAGGACAUACUGCAGUACAUGUCCAAUACGGCGACUGAAAGGAGUGGAACGUUCUUCUCCGUCAAAAUUCUGCCAGUGGAGAAAGAACAGCAAUUUGUUAGUAACAACCAAACAGGACCAAACUUUUGGACCCCAGUCUCUCAGUUAAAUUAUAACAAAGCCACAGAUAUAAUUGAUAAACUUGAUGAUAUAGUUAGGGAUAUGUACAACUAUCCAUCCUUAGUGGAAUCUGCUGAAGCAAUACAUAUGCAGGUGGAUGGUGAAAGUGAAGUUGAACCUAAUGGAGCAGAAAAUUCCUUUAAACCCUUCCAACCAAAAGAUGGAGAAGAAAACCGAAACAUAGAAACAAACAUUGAGAAUGGAAAUAUAAAUACUGAUCAAGAUGAAGAUAUGGAAUUAACCGACGACAUUGCAGAAGAUGCAAGUACAGAGCCUGAUACAGCGGAUAGCAUCAAAUCAGAAGGAUUAGAUAAAAACGAAAAUGGUCUGAGCUCCAUCUCGCAUGAAAUUCUUUCUAUUGAUGAUAUACUUGUUUGUGAAUGGGAAGAAUCGGGCUCGAAUGAAGCUUUUUCUAAUGACAAGAUAUUUAAUUGGGAGAAUCCAGCUCCUUUGCCUAAUAUCGAGUUAGAAAACGCCAAACUGGAAAGAUCCAAUGCUAAGGAAAGAAUUAUAACUUUAGACGACUGUCUUCAACUCUUCUCUAAGCCAGAAAUACUAGGAUUGAACGAUUCAUGGUACUGUCCUACGUGCAAGGAACACCGCCAGGCUACGAAACAAAUACAACUUUGGAAUACGCCGGAUAUUUUAUUAGUACACCUGAAAAGAUUUGAAAGUCAAAGAUCCUUCAGUGACAAGAUUGACGCUACCGUGAAUUUCCCUGUUACAGCUUUGGACCUGUCGAAGCACGUUGUCCAUAAAGACGAUCCUAGAGGUUCGAUCUAUGAUUUAUAUGCGGUAGAUAAUCAUUACGGUGGUUUAGGUGGUGGACACUAUACAGCGUACGUGAAGAAUUUUGCGGACAGCAAGUGGUAUUACUUUGACGAUUCACGAGUAACUGAAACGGUACCGGAAAAUAGCAUUUCCGGAUCAGCAUAUUUACUGUUUUACAUUCGCCGUGCCAAAGACGGGAAUGAAUUAGGCAGCCAUGAAUUGCAAGAAAUAAUCAGGAAGUCACGUGAAGCAUACGAUCAACGUAUCAAGAAAAUAUAUGAUGAGCAAAUGAAGUUGUAUGAAACCAAUAAGACGGAUGAUGAGGAUGACAUUUCUGAUGAUAUGAUAGAAUGUAAUGAAGAAACGCUAGCCCCUGAGUAUAGCAAUCGCAGCUUAGAGGUUGGAAAUGUUGUGACGCACGAUUGCGAUGAUGAAGGCGAUAAUGAUGACGGUGAGAGGACUAAUUCUGGGAGGAGAAAACUGAGACUGUUGAAAAAAGUCUACAAGAAUUCAGAACUGAGUUCAUCGAGUGCAUCUGAAGUAUCUGAGGGAGCCCUAGAAAGUGAGAUGACUGACUUAAACUACAGAAAUGGCGUGACUCUUGAGUCUCCAGAAUGA